GAUUUGCGACGGGGCGGGUCGGGCGCUGCCCCUUGCAAAUGGCGGCGCGCGGGCGCGCUGAGGUAAAGCGGGGGUAGGCGGGCGGUGCUGCCGCCAUGGAGUACAUCACCACACCGAAGGUUGAAAAUGUGAAAUUACUAGAUCGCUACACAAAUAGGAAAGCAGCAAAUGGGACAUUAUAUCUGACAGCCACCCACCUUAUCUAUGUAGAUGCAUCUACUGAUGUCAGGAAAGAAACAUGGAUUCUGCACCACCAUAUUGCAACUGUAGAAAAGCUGCCUCUGACCACAGCUGGAUAUCCACUCCUCAUUCACUGCAAGAACUUCCACGUGGCUCACUUUGUUAUUGGGCAGGAACGUGACUGUCACGAAGUUUAUACCUCAUUGCUUAAACUCUCACAACCAGCAAAACCUGAAGAACUCUAUGCUUUCUCUUAUAAUCCUAAAGUGUCUAAAGAGAGCCGGGAGAUUGGAUGGAAGCUGAUUGAUUUAAAAGUAGAUUACCAGCGUAUGGGAAUUCCAAAUGACUACUGGGAACUAACAGAUGUUAAUAAAGACUAUGAGGUUUGCAGCACGUAUCCUCCAGAAAUAGUGGUGCCUCGAGCUGCUAGUAAGGCAGUGGUGAUCGGGAGCUCACGGUUCAGAAGCAGAGGGCGGAUUCCAGUGCUUUCUUACUUGUACAAGGAAAACAAUGCUGCCAUCUGCCGCUGUAGCCAGCCCCUGUCUGGGUUCAGUGCACGCUGUCUGGAGGAUGAACAGAUGCUGCAGGCCAUCAGAGAAGCCAACCCUGGGAGCCCCUUCAUGUAUGUUGUAGACACAAGGCCAAAGUUAAAUGCCAUGGCCAACCGAGCUGCAGGGAAGGGCUAUGAGAACGAAGAUAACUAUGAUAACAUUCGCUUUAAAUUUGUCGGCAUAGAAAACAUCCAUGUGAUGAGGAGCAGCUUGCAGAAACUGCUGGAAGUGUGUGAGAUGAAGUCCCCCUCCAUGAGUGAUUUCCUCACUGGCCUGGAGAACUCGGGUUGGUUACGGCACAUUAAGGCUGUGAUGGAUGCAGGUGUCUUCCUUGCCAAGGCUGUGAAGGAUGAGAAAGCCAGUGUGCUGGUGCACUGCUCGGACGGGUGGGACCGCACGGCACAGGUCUGCUCCCUGGCCAGCCUCCUCUUGGAUCCCUUCUACAGGACUUUUAAAGGCUUCAUGGUCCUGAUAGAGAAGGAAUGGAUUGCAAUGGGCCACAAGUUUUCACACAGAUGUGGCCAUUUGAAUGGUGACCCCAAAGAAGUCUCCCCUGUCUUCACCCAGUUCAUUGAAUGUGUGUGGCAGCUCAUGCAGCAGUUCCCGUGCUCUUUUGAGUUCAGUGAACGUUUCCUUCUUGAAAUCCAUGACCAUGUCUACUCCUGCCAGUUUGGCAACUUCCUUGGGAACUGCCAUAAGGAGCGUGAGGAUCUGAAAAUCUUUGAGAAGACCCAUUCUCUGUGGCCUUUCCUCUUACAGAAGAAGCAGGAAUUGAGAAAUCCCUUGUACAAAGGAUAUACAGCUUACAAAGAGCUUCAACCUAACACACUACCUUUCAGUUUCCAGUUUUGGUGUGGGAUGUAUAACCGCUUUGACAAAGGAAUGCAUCCAAAACAGUGUGUGCUGGAUUAUCUGCUAAGCUGCAUGGGCGAGAACAUGAAACUGGAGGACAAUGCAUCUGAACUGGAAAAUAAACUUCCUUUCCUUGAUGGUCCUUUGCCCAGUGAAGGCUCUUCCUUACCUAAAGUAGGACAUACUACUUCAAAAACACCGAUGCUCAACACUCCUCAGGGUUAUGAAGGGGAACCACCUCCUGUGCUGAGCAACGGUGCCUUUGUUGGGGAUGUAGAUGUUCCAGCAGGUGUGGACCAAAAGCACAAAGAGAACCUGUCCCAUCACCGGGACCUCCAGGAUCUGAGUGACACCCCUCACGUGUUGGACUCUGAAGUGAAGGGUGGAAAACCUCAGCACCACUGAUGAGCUCUGAGAACUGAUUUCGAUGAACCAGGCGCUUGUGGUGGUGAGGCCUGAAGGGGCUGUGCCCCCAGGAGGUGCAGACCCUCUGCCUAUGGACAGCUGAGUGUGAGUGGUGUGUUGGCAGGGAGCUGUGCUCGCUGUAGGGCGCGCAGGCUGCAUUUGGUUCGGUUCCCAUUGUUUUGCAGCUGAAAUGAAGGUGGUGUGUACAGAGCUGCCCAGGAGGCUGCCUUGGGUUCGUGUGAACGUUACUGCUUACUGGAAACACAACAUGUUUAAGGUUCGUGACUGCUGACAGUACUUGGUGUUUCAAGCUGAAAGAAAUCUUGGCCAAUUUACAUGGGGCAUAGGAAUUAUGUGGUGUUUACAACUGGAGUAGGAAAGAUACAAUCCAGUUACUCUCAGUGAUGGUGCAAGGUCAUCUUAAAAUGAUUACUUUCCUCCCCCCCCCCUUUUCUUAGCUGUGAAUGAAUUUGCAUGGACCCUCACCUGUGCCAGAACUGAUUCAUUUUCUGUUUCCUAUGCAUAUUUGUUAAACAAAACCAAACCCCCCUGUGCCUUUUUAUGGAGACCUUUUAAUGUUGACCCAUGCAAUGUUCUCUUUAUUACUGUAAUGUAGAGUGUAGUAUUUGGUUGUCUUUGUAGGCAGUAUUUUUAAACCAGUUUUUUUACCUGCUCUGACUUUUCCAGGAUCUUUGCUCAUCCCCUGAGUACAGUAGCUUCCCUCUAAGCUGACCUUUCAAAGGGUAAGGACCACAUUUACUGACUGUGAGAGAGCAGCAACCCACAAAGCUUGUGUAACCUGUGGCUUUGUGACAGAGAGAGGAUGACAAGUGAGAAAAGAUAGGAAAAAAAUUGUAUGGUUUUUAUUGUCUCUUAUGAUCUUGGUUAAAUUGAAGCAAGAGAGUAAUGUAGUUUGAAGCUGGAGUCGAUGUGCUCUCCUUAUAUCCAUUGACAAGGCAGUAGUUACAGAUCUGGGGUGUUCUGCUACUGAAAUGGGUUUUCAAAUGGUUAUUUCACAUCAUGUGCUGUGUUACCAUAGUGCAGGUUGUCUUGGAUGCUAAAAUUACAUGAACCUUGGAGAUGUUUUGUCUGUACUGUCUCAUGGUGAUGAACUUUGUACUUCUGUGGAGCUGGUGACAAAACCUGACCUGGGACAUGUCCUGUUAGUGGAACACAGAGUGGAUGUCUUGGCUUGUGGCUGUGGCUCCAGCUUGGGCUCACUCUGGCUGUUAGCACUGCUUGGUUUCUUUAACUGUAGGAAUCUCAGCUGGAGACACCAGUUCAAAGUUGGGGUUUAAAACAGAAACUUAUAUUCCAUUUAUCCAUAAGUCUUGUGGAGAAAGAGGGGCUUGUCCUGCAGGAAAAUGGUUGGUCAGAAAAGCUGUUCCCUAGUACUUGUUCUGGGCAAGCUUCUAAAGAUGUGCGUAAAUGAACAGAAUUUCUUCGUGCAGCUUCACUCAAGCUGCUUUGUUGCUUUCUUCUGGAUCUUGAUGUUUCAAUGAGAUGCUACCAUUAGGUCUUAAAACCAGGGAUUUUAUGAAAUUUUAAAAGGAACUAUAAAGAUUGUUUAAGUUAACCCUCCCAAUCUGCAAUGAAAAGCAGAAACAUUCCACUAUAACAGCAGAAAAUGCAAUAGCCGUUGUUCAUGUGCUCAUAUAUGGUGAAAUAACCAGGUUAGCUUCAAUGUUCAAGUAGAAAGAAAAAAACCCCAGAACUUCCCUGAGUGUCUCACUUUGUGUAAGAAAACAGAUCUUUUAAGUAUAUCAGAAGACCCCAGGAAAAAGGGCAGUACCUGAAAACAGAGUUUUCAGUGUCUAGAAUGGCAAAGAGAUACUGGUUUUUAAUGUGCAGGUUUGUCAAUUUUAAAGCAAGGAAUGUAGUUGUUUUCAAGGUAGAAUUACAGUGCAUGAGGCAUUUAAAAACAAAGCACAGGCAGGCCUGGUUUGGGAUUUUAAUGAUGUUUGGAAUUUGUUGUUUUAGGGGUUAGAAGAUCAGUGGAUGGUGUUUGUAGCUUCUCAAAUAGAGAGCUCUGAAAUGGUAAAUGGGACCAAGACUGGCACUUUCAGGACCAGCUAUUCUGGAUGUCAUCAGUCUUUGUAACAUGUUCUCUACUGAAAGUUAGAGAUUCAGGCCUGCAGUGAAUUUGACUGCUGAAGGAUUUGGGCACACCACUGGUAAAUCAUUGUAGAAAAGCAUUUUGCAGAAGGUUUCUGCACAUGUUUAUGUGUUGCCUUGAGUUCUGAAUUACCAUAUAUUACCUUGGAGAAAGUAUAAUCAUCUUUGCUUAUUCCCGAAACGUAAAUUCCACAUCUCUGCAAAUCCUUCUUGAUGACAAGAUUACUACAGGUGCAUAGAACUGUGAAAGAUUACUCCAUAUACUGAAAGUAUUAGUAAGCUCUUAGUAAUCUUGCUGCUUUUGACUUCAGUAACAAAACAAUGGAUGACUUUAUACUUUGAAAUGCAAGACCUAGCCAAAAUAAAAGGGUAAUAGUCUGUCUUUUUAAACCUCUUGGAUUUAAUGUAUUAAAAAUCAUUCCUGCUGGUGCUGUAAAUAUAUGGAGCUGGAAAAGAUUCCAGUGUUUCCUGUCUUUCCAUUAGCUUAUUUCUUUGCAAACCAAUUACCUGGAAGCUUUUUAGUUUUGAUAGUAACUCUUGGGUGUUUCAAGACCAAAAAUGAGAAGCUGUUCCAUUUGCUGCAGCACAUCCUCAGGUCUCUGCUCAGCUAGAUUCCUUCCCAGAGCCUCACCAGAACCCCAUGUUCUCUCCUCAUGGAGCGUCCUGCUGACAGUGGCAAGUGACUUCAUUAUAUGUUCCCUAAAAGUGUUAAAGGCAAUGUAAAUCUGUUUCAUAGGAAUCUUCUUGGCAAGCACUGUGUAGGUAAAAAGUUCAUGUAGCUUGUUCGUUCUAGUGGAGAAUCCAUGUGUUGUGAGGCCACAAAGCUUUUUACAUGGAACUGUUGAGUGAACAAUGUAAUUUGCUGCUUUCCAUUUGGAUUCCAAGAACUGGGAAGGAGGAGGGAUCCUGUUUGCUCUGCUUGUGUAAAACUCUUCCUUUUCUGGAGCACCUCUUGCUUUACCAAGAUACCCCACGGCAUCACAGUGUCAUGUUCUACCUUGGAUUUCUCUUGCUACUAAUAGGUAAAGCACUGCAAUGGGCAAGUGCCUACAAUACUGUGUGUUAAAGCUACUACCUGGAAGUAGAAGAGGGGCUCGUAUAUCUUCAUUUCUCAUUUGAAAUGUCUUAAUGUGAACUUCAUAACGCUAGGUUUGUAAACUUGGUUUUUGUUCUGCAGUUGUUGCCUGUGGUAGGGAAAAUCAAUUGAUGCUGUUUGGUUUACAGGAGAAAAAAAGGGAAUGAUUGGUUUGCCUGUGGAGUUGUAGUUGGUCCUUUUUCACAGGAGAGAAAAAGCAGUUUGUUAAAGCCUGGAGGUGUAAUUCCCUUGUGGCUGUGUAUCCUGUUCCUGCUCUUAGUGAAUGCCAUUCAUUUAAGUACUUAGAAGAAGAAUCCACCAGCGAUGUGGGUGCUGCUGCCAUGCAGGGAUGGGAAAGGAGGCCUCCUCCUAGGUACCUGGUGAGCUUCAGUGAGCUCCUCAGGUCCUGGUGAGGACUCUGCUGGGAACUGAAGAUGCUCAAAGCUUCAAGAGAUCAACACUUCGAGUUAGUCUUUGCUGAGUUACAGCUGGAAAUCUGAAGUGACCCGUGCCUGGUGGUGUGUCAGGUUUGGAGGUGGUGAGCACUGAGAGGGAGCAUCCUGGCAUCUAACAGAGCUGUAACACCUGCAGGGGGAAGCACUUAAAAAGGGCUGUUGUGCCAGAUGCUGUUUCAGUUCCCUUGUGGCAAAAACUGGUCUUUGGGUAGCUCCAGUGCCUGAUGUUGUGCUCCCAAAGGGAUCACUUGGCACUGCUCAGUGAUGGAUAUUCAUGAGCGGCAAUUCAAAAGGUGGCUGCUGCUUUGCUCUCCUUCCCUUCCCUACUCUUUGCUCUAAAUGCUGGGUCAUGCUUCCCUAUGGACCUAACAUGUUAUUCCCUAUACCACCUAUAGGCACUUCCCAUGCCUCAGGACGAAGCAGGGAUGAAGAAUCUGUUCUGAAUGUAGUAGUUUGGUUUGGAUUCAUACACAGCACUUGACUAACUGGAUGAGGAAUGUCUCCAACCAGGUGAUGUUGAAAUCCAUGUCUUCAUAAGCAUCUUCAGCACUAGGAGCAGCCAGGUCAGUGCCAGUUUGUGUCAGUGUAGUUGAUUCAGGCAGGGAUCUCAAUGUCCUUUGAGCACCUCUGAACUACAGAGGCGAUGCAGGAGGGUAGGUGACAAUGGUUGAUGCAUAUCUCAUCAUUUCUCUGUGUGUAUUCAUCUGUAUUUAAUGUAGCAGCAUACUACUGGAAUAACUUGUAGCACUGGAUCUAGUCACGUGUAACUGAGCACACAUACACUUUUCCUAUUGUCCACAAACUGAUCUGUGUAGGAAUGCUCCCAAAACUGUGUGGUGCUCAGCUGGAAACUGUCAAUGUUUGUGCUGUUUGUCAGUCUCUGGUUUUGUUGGUGUCCCUGUUGAAGGACAGUUGUUUUAAGAUUGUGGGUGAUAAAUCCCAUGUUGUUGAAUGUGCUGCGAUGGCUGUGUAAGUUCUUCUAGUUCACGCACUGCUUAAAAACCCCUGUUGUACCAUGUUUAGGGGAGCACUGUGUCCUUUUCCCUCUAAAUGUGUUUGUACCAUGAAGUUUCACUUGUAUUACAGUUUAUUUUUAUUCCCUAUGGAAAUAAACACCCUGCCUUUUUGAAGUAAAUGAC